CUUAGGUUUCAAGUUUCUUAAACAGAGCAUCAAGAAACGCCGGGUUUCGCAGAACACCAUACAUUACAAGUUUACAACUGACUUCAGAAACCCACCUUCAGUUUUGUUUCUCUAUGUGAGACACUGGAUGCCAUUGCAAUGGUUUUUAGAGACUCAGAAUCUGAUGUUGCAACAAUGCUUGGCUAAAGAAGAAGUAUUUUGGUUCACUCAAUCAAACAUUUAUGUGCAGUAAUUUGGUACAUUGGCAUAGUAAAAACAAAAUGUAGUUCUUACCCAAGGUAGAAUACAGUGCUUUUUUCUCAUAUAGCUUUUACAAUGUUAAGGUUGUAGUCUCUACUCCAUGAACAGAUGUAGAGGUUCCUUAUCCUAUGAAGAUGAAUUGGGAUUUGGUUACUAUAUUUUAUCGCUGGUGAUUCACUUUUCAUGAGCAUAUUGAACACAUAUAUAAUAGUUGAUUUUCAUUUCAUCCAUGAUAUUGUGAGAAAGUAGAUUGUCAUUCCAUAUAAAGAAAGAAGUUCAGUUGAGAGAUUUUCGCGAAGCCUCUCUUACUUCCUUUACAAUUUUUAGCUCACCUUUUAUUGCUAUAUUCCAACUUGAGGAAGAGUGGAGUUUUUCUUCUUCUUUGAUAUUGAUAUUGUAUUAUAUGGGCAUUGGCCCCAUGGAGUCUGUACUAUCUAUUGUAACUGGUGUAUGAAUUAGGAUUGUAUAUAAUGUGUUUUAAUAAAUAAAUAUAUAGUAAGGAGUAUCAUAUGACACGGUAAGUUUACAUUGCACAAUAAAUAUACUUUUCUCAAAAUUUAGGAGAACUAUUUGGGAAAGUUUUUCUUGGCGUGGUGGCUUUGCAUCAGAGAACAGGAAUUCAACUCCAAGAAUAUCUCUUCUUGUUUUCUCUACUCUGUCUUCAUUUACAUGCAGCUAAUGUUACAUAAAUUUUCAAAAGAAGUGACUUUUUAAUAUUGGAGCUUUUAAAUACUUGUUAUAUAGUUCCUAUCUGAAUAUAGUGGUUUACUUUGAUGGAUAUUUAUAGUGACAGAUUUCUGCUGCUCUUUUUCACUAUUCAUUUAUUUAUUGGGCUUUUAUUUUUAAAUAGCACUCAGGCUUUGGAUAAUGCCAUCAGAAUCUGAUAAGUGGGGAUGGGAACAUGUUAGUGUGUUUGGUGGGUUUGACAGGGGAAGUGGUACAAAGAGGUGGAAAUGCAACCACUGCAAUCUAAGAUAUAAUGGAUCUUAUUCACGUGUUAGAGCCCACCUUCUUGGGUUCUCAGGUGUUGGAGUCAAAAGCUGUCCAGCAAUAGACAGGUCUCUGAGAGAAGCAUUCCAGAUCCUAGAGGAGGAGCGCCUUGCUCGGAAAAAGAAAAGGAUUUCUGGGAAUGGAAAGCCUGGUAAGCGCAUCCGGACAUCACAGUCAACCCUUACAGUGAAAAACAUCUCCAAAGAAGAUGUGGAUGACAUGAUAGCUAGGUUUUUCUAUGCUGAUGGACUGAAUGUAAAUGUUAUUAACUCUCCAUAUUUUCUUGAAAUGCUGAAAGCAAUAUCUGCUUUUGGCCCAGGGUAUGAACUUCCAUCUAUAGAUAAGUUUUCCGAUUCCUUUUUAAGUAAAGAGAAAGAAAGGAUUGAGAAAUUCAUGGCUUCAAUUAGGGAGUCUUGGCCUCACACUGGAUGUUCAAUGCUCUGUAUCAGUCGCUUAGAUAGCACACUAGGCUACUUCCACAUUAGUAUUUUUGUCUCAAGUCCUAGGGGACUCAUAUUCUUAAAAGCAGUCGAUAUAGAUGAUACUGACGAGACAGAGAAUUUGUUCGCUAGUGUUCUUAUUGAUGCAAUUUUAGAAGUUGGGCCCACAAAUGUACUUCAAAUAAUCUCACAUCUAGGCCAUCCCUGUAAAUCUUCUGAAUCUCUUGUACUGUCAAAGUUCCCUCACAUUUUUUGGUCUCCUUGUACUUCACAUUCUAUUCACAUGUUGAUGGAAGAAAUAGCAGGCUUGGAGUGGAUAAAAUCUAUUGUUUCGUGUGCUAAGGAGAUUGAGCAACUCAUGAUGUAUUACCAGCAUGCUUAUCCAGGUCUUUUUACUCAUAAUCUGAAAGAGAGUUCUGACCCUCUUUCUGCCAAGUUUGCACCUUCAUACUGCUUCAUUCAGAGGAUUUUUGAGCUAAAGCAGGUACUUCAAGAGGCAGUUGUUAGUGAAGAGUUUAAGCAAUGGAAGCUUAAUAUGCAAGGAGACAAUGUAAUUGUUGAAUCUGCCAUUUUAGGUGAUGAUUUCUGGUGCAAGGUUCAUUUGUUCUUACAGUUAUGUGAGCCUUUUGUAAGAUUACUUGCUACAUUUGAUAUCGACAAAUCUCCUAUGGGAAUUGUACAUGAAUGGCGGGUUCAGGCACUUGAAGCCGUAAGAACUAGGGGAAUCGAUUCCACUGCAUUGAAUCAGUUGGAAGUCCUGAUAGAAAAUAGAUGGGACUUGUUAUUUUCCCCUCUUCAUGCUGUAGCUUAUAUGCUAAACCCUAGAUAUUUUGGAAGAGGUCAAAGCAAGGAUAAAACUCUAAUGCGGGGUUGGAAAGCCACUCUCGAAAGAUAUGAGUGUGAUAGUUCAGCCAGACGGAUUCUUAGAGAGCAGCUCAGCUCUUACUGGCGACUAGAGGGAUCCUUAGGAGAGGAAGAUGCUGUGGAAUUUAGAGAUAAAAUGGAACCAGUUGCAUGGUGGGAGAACUUUGGUUUUGAAACACAGCAAUUGCAGACACUAGCAAUAAAGGUUCUCAGUCAGGUUUCAAGUGUUGCAAUGUGUCAAGAAAUUUGGCAAGAAAAUGACUUCCCAUGUCGAGAAACAGCUAAUAGGUUGGGUGUGGAUAGAGUCGAAGAUCUUGUUUUCGUUAGAAACAACCUCAGACUUCAUAGCCAAAGAUACGGGAAUUCAAGUUCCCCGUCUGGGCAAAGAAAUGCAAAUCUAAGUUACCCAUCUGGAGUUAAGUCAUGCGAUAGUGUCCAUCUUGAUCAAACAAUGUCAGUUGUAAAUAUCCAUGAUGGAUUGUGAAAAAAAAAUUGUACCAUUUAUCUGUCCUUCCUGUAUUUACUGAAAGCAGAACUCUGGGCUGUUGUAAUGUAGAUGUUUGUCUAAGAUCAAGUUUUAGAAGUGAUUAGAUCUCAAUUUGUGAAUA